CCGCGUUUAAUAUACUUGAUAGCAAUUUGUGUUGCUGCAAUUUUACUAAUGCAAAAUGUAAAGGACAUAUCUGACAAUUGGAAUUAUAGCGAAAUAUUUACAAAAUAUGAAAGAAAUGAGAAUAUGGAUGACAACAACAAGAUGAUUGAUGAUCUAUAUCAAUAUCUUAUUCAUUAUCCUUCUAAUUUGCCUUACAAACUUUCAAAGCCGCAUUUAGAAAAUCCAUCGCAUGGACAAACUCAGUUCGUAGAUAGUUUGUUUAAAAACAUGAUUAACGGAUUUUUUAUUGAAUCAGGGGCUUAUGAUGGAGAACACUUGUCCAACACAUUAUUUCUUGAACGUUUUCGGAAUUGGACGGGACUGCUUAUUGAACCCAAUCCAUCACUAUUUUUGAAACUUUUGAGAAAAAAUAGAAAAUCAUACGCAGUAAAUACAUGCCUUUCAACAAAAGACUAUCCAUCGGUUGAGACAUUCUCUAGUGGGAAGGGUGCAUGUUUUGGGCGUAUAUUAGAUCACGAAGGAGAAAGUUCUCAAAACCAGACAUUUAAAGUGAAGUGCUAUCCUCUGUUUUCAAUAUUACAGGCAAUUAACCGCUAUGAAGUGGAUUAUUUCAGUUUAGAUAUAGAAGGUGCUGAAGAAGGGGUACUUAGUAAAAUACCGUGGGAGAAAGUAAACAUAAAGCUCAUUUCAAUAGAACACAAUAAAUGGCGUGGCGGUAAAUUGAACCUCAAACAUUUCAUGGAAAAGCGAGGGUACAAAUGUGUAAAAGAAAUCAGUGAUGUAGGUGUUGCUCCUGACUUGAUAUUUGAGAAGGAAACUUCUUAAGUUAUGAACCUAACAUUGCACAUUAUAAUGUUGUUUUGUAUCAUUAUGUACAUCAAAAUAUAAAAUAUUAAAAUAAUUUACCAUGUUGUUUUAUAGCUACAAGUGUUGUUGUAAAUACCCCAUUUUAAUAAUUUAGCGGCAACAUUGUCACUGUC